UACACACUCCGCCUCUCAACGGUCAUCCAAGGCAUGCCAAUGGCAGUCCUGAUGACAUCACUGGGACCAUAUAAGAGGCAGGCAAUGAGGUCUGGGUGCAAACCUCUCUUAGCUGAAAUCUGAGGGAAGGCACAAAGCAAGCACCGUCUGUCUCCAAGUCUUCCCUGUGGUCCCGGGAUUCAAGAAGACACCGCACUGGAAAAUAUGCUGUUCUGCCAUUCCCAGCCUGAGUCCUACCACCAGCACCCUGCUAGUUACAUUAGAGAGGCCUUGGCACCUUUCUUGAAAAACGAAGAAACAAGGGUUAUGGCUGAAAAUGGUGCAAAGAGGACCCCAUUUCAGUACAUUCUAUGUGCAGCCACCUCACCGGCUGUGAAACAGCAGGAGGAGAGUCUCACUUAUCUCAACCAAGGUCAGUCCUACGAAAUCCGUAUGCUUAACAGAAAACUAGUGGAGUAUACAGAUAUAAGCAGCAAAUAUGUAAAGAGCAUUGUGCGCGUGGUGUUUCAUGACCGUCGACUGCAGUAUAUGGAGCACCAGCAGCUGGAGGGGUGGAGGUGGAACAGGCCUGGAGACCGAAUCGUGGAUAUAGAUAUCCCGUUGUCAGUGGGGAUCCUGGAGCCCCGUUCACACCCUCUGCACCUCAACACCAUUGAGUUCCUCUGGGAUCCUGUCAAGAACGCUUCUGUUUUCAUCCAGGUCAACUGCAUCAGCACCGAGUUUACCCCCAGGAAGCAUGGAGGGGAGAAAGGAGUGCCUUUUCGUAUCCAGGUGGACACUUUCACCACCAAUGAACACGGGGAAUACAUGGAGCACGUCCACUCUUCCAGCUGCCAGGUCAAAGUGUUCAAGCCUAAAGGAGCUGAUCGCAAACUGAAGACAGACAGGGAAAAGAUCAAUAAAAAGGUUCUUCAAGACAGAGAAAAGUAUCAACCGUCCCAUGAGACCACUCUGCUAAAAGAGUGUUCCCCUUGGCCUGAUGCCCUGAAUCUCACCAGCCACAGCAGCAGCAGCACGCCGUCCCCAGUUUACCACAGCUCACCAACUUCCUGUAGUUUCACAGAUGGCAACUGUUCUCCAAAGCAGCAAGAGGAGCCGCUCAUGCCCGGCUGCUCUGAUCAUCUUCUGCCGUCGUCCUCGCUGCAGGACACUCAGCAGUGGCUGCACCGUCACAGGUUCUCACCUUUCUCAAGGCUCUUCUCCAGCUUCUCAGGUGCUGAUCUGUUGAGGAUGAGUAGGGAGGAUCUGAUCCAGAUCUGCGGCCCAGCAGACGGCAUUCGCCUCUUUAACACCAUGAAAGGAAGGUGUAUACAGCCCCGUCUUACCAUCUAUGUGUGUCAGCAGCAGGCCAGACAUCAACCUCCCAUCAAGCCGGGGGGUGGAGACAUCUACCACGCUCUGUACCUGGAGGAGCUGACGUUGUUGGACCUGUCAGAAAAGAUUGCUAUGCUGUACAGCAUCCCUCCACAGCAGAUUACACACAUCUACAGACAAAAACCCAGCGGGAUCCAUGUCUUGGUCUCUGACGAGAUGGUGCAGAACUUCAGGGAGGAAACAACCUUCACUCUCAGCACUAUAAGGGAUGCGAACAACGAUGGCUACCACGUUGUGUUGAAAUGACCAACAGGUCUUCAAGGUUUAAUUGAAUCAGGAAUUGUACAGAUUGUAUAGAAGUGCUUCUACACUACAACAUGUGAUGUUUACUAAGAUUUACAGCACAGUAAAUUGCUGUUAAGUUUUCAGUUUACUGUUGAUUUUGUGGUUUUGUUUAGUUGUGUUUAAUUUUCCUGUUUUAGUUGUUUAGUUGUAUGUCUUGUAAUUAGUGGCAAACACUGCUGUACUUUGGUCCUUUACGUUUGGUGCAUUUUCGGCUUAAAUGCCUAUAAAUGCAGGUUAAUGAAGCAAAGUAAAUGUCACACGUCAUCAUGCAGACAAGACAAAUGAACAAAACUAUAUCAUGUUGUUUUAAUGUAAUGAACUAUUUUCAUGCUUGUUCUAAAUAUGAAAUGCUGUGAUGUAAUCUACUGACAAUCUCUGUUGCAUAUGCUAUACGCCUCUUUUCUUGACAAGGUGACCGCCAUGACUCUGUGAUGAAUUUAUUUCACUCAAUACAAAGUAUUUGCACUGUAGUCUACAGGUCUACAGAUUUUAUUCAGGUAUAUGUCAAUGCCUGAGUAAAAUGUAUAUAACAAGUGUAGCCUAAACAGCUGUUUUCUGUAAAUGCUGUAGAUAUAAAGCAGUCUACAGUUCUGUAGGCAUGGUUAUCUCAGAUACUCCACCCCAGUAUCGUAAGUAAAGUGAGUUCAGAGAGCUUGCACCUGCUUGUGACUUUGUGCAAAUAUCUAAAAAGAAAAAGCUAAAUUGAUAAUGAUGGUGUUUUUCCCCUAUUUAUGGCACCACCAAUGCUGGAGAAUGUGAAAUAAAAGUAUA